AUCAGGCACUAUUGUCAGCUAUCGUUGGCAACACAAAAAAAUGUUGCUUCUACCGUUGAUACUUAGCACCGUGAUAACCCUUUCUUUGGGUGUCCCUCAUUCAAGACAACUUGGACACCCGGUGUUGCAAGACGACGAAGAUGCCGACCUUACAGUCCCUGAGCUCAUAACUAAAUAUGGUUACCCGGCGGAAGAACAUUUUGUCACGACUUCAGAUGGCUACAUUCUAAGACUUCACCGAAUUCCUCACGGAAGAACCUCACACAACAAAAACAAAGUCGCUUUCUUGAUGCAUGGUCUUCUGUGCUCUUCAGCUGACUGGAUUAUCACUGGUACCACUCACGGAUUGGGUUAUUUGCUUGCCGAUGAAGGCUACGAUGUGUGGAUGGGCAAUGGUAGAGGCAACCACGAGUCUCGUAACCACACAACUCUGAACCCGGACACGGAUGCUGAGUUCUGGCACUUCAGCUGGCACGAAAUCGGGAACGUGGAUGUACCUACUAUGAUCGACUACGUGUUGGAAACCACCGGCCAGAGCCAAGUCUACCACAUCGGGCACUCCCAAGGUACCACUAGCUAUUACGUCAUGGCGUCCAAACGUCCAGAAUACAACGACAAAAUCGCUGCCCACUUCAGCUUGGCGCCUGUCGCCUACAUGAACCACAUGACAAGCCCCCUCAUGCACAUUGUAGCGUCCUUCUCAGGCCCUCUCGACGUCCUUGCUGAACUUAUUGGACUCAACGAGUUCCUUCCAAGCAGCGAUUUUAUCGAAGCUGUGGGAUCUCUCCUUUGCGCUGACGACGAGAUCACACAAGCUCUUUGCACGAAUGCCCUUUUCGCCAUUUGUGGGUUCAGUCCACAUGAGAUGAACGCGACGAUUUUGCCGGUGCUUACGGGACAUACUCCAGCUGGUGCUUCAGUUAGACAACUGAUGCACUACGCUCAAGAAAUCAGCUCGGGUUAUUUCCGAGAAUACGACUUUGGACUGGACAAUUUGGCCAUCUAUGGGCAGUUGUCACCACCAGAUUAUGAUUUGUCGAAGAUAACUGCGCCGAUUUAUAUGUUCUAUAGUCACAAUGACUGGAUGGCGGGAGAAACUGAUGUUAUUAAACUAUGUGAUGGAUUGGGGGAUGCGUGUGCUGCACACUUUUUGGUCUCGGAUGAUGAGUUCAACCAUUUGGACUACCUGUACGGAAUUAGCGCCCCAGAAAUUCUUUAUGCGAGGGUCAUUAGUUUAAUGGCUAGGCACUGAUAAUUAUUUUUGGAACUACAGAAGUAUUUUUAUUGUUACGUUAUCUACCACUUGAGUUGCUUUAAUAAAGUAAUUUUCAAAUGCAA